CUCUCACUUCUUCCUCCCUGUCCUGCGAGCGGCAAACAAACACUAAAAACCUUGCUUUUUACUGUUCUUUGUUCCUCACUCUCUCACGUCUUCAUCUCCAACCCCGUUUCUUCCCACUAUCUACUUUAUUUUUUCUCUUCAAACCCUAACCCUAACUUGACCCCACAUUUUUUAAACUUUACUGCCGGGCUGCUGCUUGAAUCGCCGGAGACCAAAACUGUCUUCUCGUUCUCCAUUUUUAGAAGCAUUUUCUCUUCUUACAAUGUUUCUUCAGAUUUUUUCCUCGUUCAAUAAAAAUACAUUUUGAGGUGAGAUCCGCUGCCUUGGAUUACUUGCUGUUGGACUGGGUCUGAUCCAACACGUUUACACCCGCAGUCUUCGACUACUUACUGUUGGACUAGGUCUGAUCCCACACGUCUACAGUUGUCCACCAACUCUCUCUUUCUACUCGUGUUUUGAGUGCUUUCUGGUGAAGCGGGGAAGCGUCGUCUUCCAUAUAACCCCCGCCUCAACUGAUUUGGCCCUUCUACUGCACUGAUUCCCAGCGCAAUGCUCCAUCGGAUCCUCCUACAUCUCACCUCCUCCCCUGCUUUCUUUUAAGUAAUUGUUCAGAUUUGAAGACGAAGUUGGCGUUUUGAUUACCUCUGCGAGGAUGAUGUAUCCGGAACAAAACCAGGGGAAGCCUCCAACAGUACCAACGGCUGCUUCGCAGCCAAAGGUGGCUUUUGGGCGACGAACCCCCUCCGGGAGGUACAUCAGUUACUCGCGCGAGGACCUUGAGAGCGAACUGGGCAGUGUGGACUUCAACAACUAUCACGUACAGUUUCCGAUGACGCCGGACAACCAGCCCAUGGAGGUCGUCCCCGUUGACUCUUACGUCUCUGCAAAAGCAGAGGAACACUACGUCUCUAGUUCUCUGUUCACCGGCGGGUUUAACAGCGUCACACGCGCCCAUAUGAUGGACAAGGUUACCGAUUCCAACCAGAGUCGGUCGGCUGCCACCGAGGCGUCGACUUGCGCCGUGGAGGGUUGCGAUGGGAAGGUAAUGUGCGACGAGCGCGGGGAGGAGAUGCUCCCUUGCGAGUGCGAGUUCAAGAUCUGCCGGGAUUGCUUCGAAGACGCGUUGAAGAACGGGGGUAGGCAGUGUCCCGGUUGUAAGGAGCAAUACAAAGCCACUGAUGUGGAGGAUGUAUCAAGGAUCGCCAAGGAGAGGAAGGCGAUCACGGUGCCGAGGAUAUCGGCUUCGAAAGCCGGAGCGAGGAUGGAGAGGAGGCUGUCGAUGAUGAGAUCUAUGAAAGGGGGUGGGACUAGUGAAUUUGAGCACAACCGGUGGUUGUUCGAGACGAAGGGAACUUACGGGUAUGGGAACGCGAUUUGGCCGGAGGAAGAUGUCGGAGGUCACGGAGGUGGCGGCGAUGAGGGGCAUCCUAAAGAUUUUGUGAGCAAGCCGUGGAGGCCGCUGACUAGAAAGUUGAAGAUUCCGGCGGCCAUUCUUAGUCCUUACAGGCUGCUAAUCUUCAUCCGCAUGGUGGUGCUUGGUCUGUUCCUGGCUUGGAGAAUCAAGCACAAAAACCCCGAUGCCAUCUGGCUGUGGGGUAUGUCCGUUGUAUGCGAGCUCUGGUUCGCCUUCUCAUGGCUUCUCGACCAACUCCCCAAGCUCUCCCCUGUCAACCGCGCCACCGACCUCUCCGUCCUCAAGGAUAAGUUCGAGACACCCACCCCUACCAAUCCAACUGGAAAGUCCGACCUCCCUGGAGUGGACAUCUUCGUCUCCACUGCCGACCCUGAGAAGGAGCCACCCCUCGUCACCGCAAACACCAUCCUUUCCAUCCUCGCUGCCGAAUACCCAGUAGAGAAGCUCGCUUGCUACGUCUCUGAUGAUGGCGGCGCCCUCCUCACCUUUGAAGCCAUGGCCGAGGCUGCCUCAUUCGCCUCUGUCUGGGUUCCUUUCUGCCGCAAGCACCGCAUCGAACCCCGUAACCCCGAGAGUUACUUCGCUCUCAAGCGCGAUCCUUACAAGAACAAAGUCCGCACAGACUUCGUUCGCGACCGCCGUCGCGUGAAGCGCGAGUACGACGAGUUCAAGGUCCGCAUCAAUGGACUUCCCGACUCCAUCCGCCGCCGCUCUGACGCUUUCCACGCUCGCGAGGAGCUAAACGCUGCCCGCCUCCACCGCGAGAACACCGACGAGCCGAUGGUCAAGAUCCCCAAGGCUACUUGGAUGGCCGAUGGCACCCAUUGGCCUGGCACCUGGACCCAAUCUGCAACCGACCACUCUCGUGGCGAUCAUGCCGGAAUCAUACAGGUGAUGCUUAGGCCUCCUGCUGAGAAUCCGGUUUUCGGACUCGACCUUACGGAGGUGGACAUACGGCUGCCAAUGCUGGUCUACGUUUCCCGCGAAAAGAGGCCAGGUUACGACCACAACAAGAAGGCAGGUGCCAUGAACGCUCUGGUUCGCGCCUCGGCUAUCAUGUCGAACGGACCUUUCAUACUUAACCUGGACUGCGAUCACUACAUAUACAACUCACAGGCUCUGCGCGAGGGGAUGUGCUUCAUGAUGGACCGCGGCGGUGACCGCAUCUGCUACGUACAGUUCCCUCAGCGAUUCGAGGGUAUUGAUCCCUCCGAUCGCUACGCUAACCACAACACGGUGUUCUUCGAUGUCAACAUGCGCGCGCUCGACGGCUUGCAGGGCCCCGUCUAUGUCGGUACAGGUUGCCUCUUCCGUCGGAUUGCUCUUUACGGCUUCGAUCCCCCGCGUGCUAAGGACCACGCAGCCCCCGGCUGCUGCAGUUGCUGCUUCCCUCGCCCCCGCCGCGUCGCGAACGAAGACUCCUCUGCCUCCCGCGCCCUUCGCAUGCCCGAUGACGACGAUGAGGAAAUGAUGCCCCUUUCCUCCUUCUCCAGCAAAUUCGGUAACUCGAGCUUUCUAGUGGAUUCUAUCCCAGUGGCUGAGUUCCAGGGACGGCCCCUCGCCGACCACCCCUCGGUGAAGAACGGCCGCCCGGCCGGCGCUCUGACUAUCCCACGUGACCCGCUCGACGCAUCCACUGUCGCGGAGGCGAUCAGCGUGGUGUCGUGCUGGUACGAGGACAAGACGGAGUGGGGAAACAGGGUUGGGUGGAUCUACGGCUCGGUCACGGAGGAUGUUGUGACUGGCUACCGGAUGCACAACCGUGGUUGGCGCUCCAUCUACUGCGUCACCAAGCGCGACGCCUUCCGUGGUACCGCGCCCAUCAAUCUCACUGAUCGGCUGCACCAAGUCCUCCGUUGGGCCACGGGUUCGGUAGAAAUAUUCUUUUCCCGCAACAACGCGCUGCUUGCAAGCCCAAAGAUGAAGUUUUUACAGCGCAUCGCGUACCUUAACGUCGGUAUCUAUCCCUUCACCUCUUUUUUCCUCAUCGUCUACUGCUUCCUCCCUGCGCUCUCGCUCUUCUCCGGCCAGUUCAUUGUGCAGACGCUUAACGUUACUUUCCUCGCAUACCUCCUCACUAUCACCGUCUGCCUAUGCCUGCUGGCCAUUCUAGAAAUCCGGUGGUCGGGCAUUGAGCUUGAAGAGUGGUGGCGCAACGAGCAGUUCUGGCUCAUUGGCGGUACAAGCGCCCACCUUGCAGCCGUGCUACAGGGUCUUCUCAAGGUCGUGGCUGGGAUUGAGAUUUCUUUCACGCUUACUUCCAAGUCUGCUGGAGAUGAGAAUGAUGAUGAGUUUGCAGAUCUCUAUGUGGUUAAAUGGACAUCGCUCAUGAUCCCUCCGCUCACCAUCAUGAUGGUGAACUUGAUCGCAAUAGCCGUGGGGGUGAGCAGGACUAUCUACUCGGUGAUACCGCAGUGGAGUCGGCUACUUGGUGGAGUGUUCUUCAGCGUAUGGGUGCUUGCUCACCUCUACCCAUUUGCGAAAGGGUUGAUGGGAAGGAGAGGGAGGACGCCCACGAUUGUCUUCGUUUGGUCGGGCCUUAUAGCCAUCACCAUCUCGCUGCUCUGGGUCGCUAUCAAUCCCCCUUCGGCAAAUUCUCAGAUUGGUGGCUCCUUCUCUUUCCCCUGA